GCCGUGCCGACGUCAAAACCCUAAACCCUCCCUCCCCAUGGCGAUCGCCGCAAGCUUGCUGCUUCCCGCGCGUCCUCUCCCCCCAACGCCAUGCCGCUCGCCGCCGUGCAACCCCCACCUCCGCUUCCCCUCCGCGCCGCUGCUCCUCCGGUCACCCGCCGCCGCGUUGCGUGCCGCGACGACGUCGUCCGUCAUGGGACGACCGCCGCACGCGCUGCCGGCCGCCGACCCGGCGCCGGCGGCGGCGGCGGAGCCGCGCAAGAGGAACGCAACGGAUCAUCCGGCCCCGCUGCUCGCCUCCGCGGCCGUUGCCGCCGCUGCGGUGGCGACCCCGCACGCCGCGCUCGCCUUGUCCGGCGGCUCCAUGGGCGGCUGCUCCUCUGACUCUUCGUCCUCCUAUUCCUCGUCUUCCUCUUCUUCUUCCUCGUCUUCCUCUUCUUCGUGGUCCUCCAGCGGCGACUCGUGGUGGUCCUCGUCUUCUUCGUCCUCCUCACCCAAGAAGGAUAAGAAGACGGAGGAGGUAGAUCAGGAGACCCACGAAUCGGUCGGCACGGUGGCGCCUCCUCCCCCGCCGCCGCCUCAGGUGGUCCUGACCCCGUGGGAGAAGUUCUGGGUAGUAUCAGGCUUCGCUGGCCUAGUGUUCGGCCUCUUCUUCCUCAUCAAGAAGAAUCUCCCACCACCGAGGACCAUCAGUGUGAUCAAGCUACAGGUUGCAUUGCGUGGUGUGGCUGCGGCGAAGUCCUUCCAAAAGGAUCUGAACAAGAUUGCUGAGAGGGUGGGAGGUUCUAGCCGACGCUGGUACAAGUUCAUAUUGACCGAGACCAUAUCUUCGUUGCUCCGCCACAAGGAUUACUACAUGUCUACAAGCUUAUCAGUUGACGAAGACAGUGAGUACUCAUGGAAUGGCCAUUUUAAGAAAAUUUCGUUGGAAGAAAGAAGAAAAUUUGAUGAGGAAACACUUUCUAAUUUGGAAGGAAUUAAGAGAAAGAAAGUAUACUCCACAAAGACAGAUGGGAGCAAAAAUGAGUAUAUAGUGUUAACCAUUCUUGUUGCUGCUGAUGGAACAUUGGAUUUCCCCGAAGCGAUCAGAAGCUCCGCAGAUCUUGAAGCUGCUUUAGCAAAGCUGAACUCAACACGUCAAAGAGAUCUUCAGGGUGUUCACGUUUUAUGGGCACCUCAAGAUGAGGAUGACAUUCUUUCGAAGGAGAGGAUGCAAAAGGAUUAUCCAUAUCUGAAGCUCCUGAGUGUCUGAUUUGGGCGGUCUUCUAUUCUUGUCCGUCUUGAAAAACCAUAUAUGAAGAUCAUACCAUAAGCAGAUCAUAGGUUAUAUACACAUGUAUACAUUUUACUUGAAACGUGCUCAUUAUUUGUGAUCUAUAAACGGUGAUGAACCUCUAGUUUUUACCUGCUUAACAUGAUCACGUUAUUUUAUAAGUUAAUCAAACUAUUAUUACUGCUAUAUUUCCAAGAAAAAUCUUAGAACGGAGGAAAGCACAUUCAGCCUCUAUAUAUAUGCCACUCUAGCAGCUAGAGUGAUGUUGGAUCGAUAAGUUAGCAAUUUACAUGUAUCUGUGAAUUAUUUCGUGAGAUGAUUUAUCUGUAAAUUUAGCAGGAAUAAGUAGAUAGUAUACAAGCACCGAUCA